AAAACAGAAGAAUAUAAGAAUGUGUCAAUAACGUAAUAUUUUUGUAUUAUUAAUAAUAAUCGUUCUCUUGAGUUUUAGCCUAAGUUUAACUUUUAUUUUUCACUUUUAAACUACAUACUUAGUUUACUAAAGUAAGUAAAAGUUAUACUUUCCAUAUGGGCAAAGUUAUUAUUGAUUACGUCGUAGGGAUUCCCCUUAAAAUUUCCUAUUAACAGUACUAAAACUUUUAAAUUAUACCAACAAUGGGCAAUACAAAUAAUAAAUAUGAUACCGAUAAUUCAAAUUAUGUAGAAAGUGAUUCCGAGAGUGUUGACGAUUUAAGUGACACUUUACCAUGUGAAACUACAGAUGCUGCAACAAAUCCUAUAGUAAGUUUACCGGAUGCAAGGAGUCUUUUGAAUGUUGAAAAAGUUAAACAUAUUGAACAAGAACUGGAUAUUGAUGAAUUGAUAUCUGUGGUUUACUUAUUACUAGAAGAUCGCACUGAAAUAGAAGUUCAGCUUCAGAGAAUAUUAUUAUUAUUGGCAGGUGGUAGUAAAAAUAUAUUGUCUUUAUGGGCAGAAUACCAUUCGCACAAAAGAGAUUAUUGGGAAAGAAAAUUGGUAGAAGCAUUUUGUACUAUAAAAAACUAUGCAGUUUUACGGAAAUUAGGCUACGAAAAAUCGGAUGUUAUCGCUCAUUUUCUACCAAAUCAACCCCAUUCUCUAUACAUUAACAAGCUUAAAAAAACCAUUUAUUUAAUUUGUGACAACUUAGAUAGAAAAGAUACAAAAACUUUUCUCAACUAUGUCAGGGAAAGCUUCAAUAGAUGCAAUAUAUAUUUUGAUGAAUAUGGUGAAGAAUACCUCGAGGUGUACUUUUUAAAAUGGGAAAGUAUAAAUCAAUUGAAUUAUAAUGAAAUAAAACAAACCCUGAAAGUUAUGGGAAUGGAACAUUUAAAAGACAAAUUAGAAACUGCGUUAUCAGGGUUUCCAGAAGAAAUUAGACAGAAUUCAAAUAGAUCUGUCAAUAAAAUUAAUGAUCAACCUUUACAAAGUGGACAUCGGAGCUUAGAACCAAUAAGUCACAACAGACAAAUUUCAGUAACUUGUAUGGAUAAUCAAAGAGUAGAGAGGGCUACUAAAAGAAAUUUGGAAAAUAUGUCAUUACAACAAAUUGUUGAAAACGAACAACAUGAAAAUUACUUUAUGGAAUAUCAACAUAACUUAACUCCUACCAUUAAAUCUGUCACAAAUAGUGUGGAAACAUUGGAAGAUUGUUAUGAAAUAGAUCCAAGUAGACCUGGAGUAGUUCUUAUUAUUAAUCAGGAAUUAUUCUAUAAUGAAGUGCAUAGAGAAUUUAAGCACUUAUUACCUCCAUCUGGUAAAAUCUUGCUCAAUAGACAAGGAACAAAUAAGGAUAGGGAUAAACUUGAAGAGGUUUUCAAACAAUUUGGAUAUAAAGUGAUUGUAAAAAAUGAUCUGAACCAUUUAGUAAUGUUGCAAGAGAUUAAGACUAUAGUAGAUUCUAUAUGUAAUGAAUCUAGUUUAUUUAUUUGUAUCAUGUCACACGGGGACGAAGGAGUGAUAUAUGGUUGUAAUAGCUGUCAUGUAAAAGUUUCCAAAAUACAAGAAAUUAUGUUUACUAGAAACCAGAGGAAUUUAGCAGGGAAACCAAAAAUUUUAAUCCUUCAGUCAUGCCAAGGCAAUGAAUGCCAAAAAUUAUUAGAAAGUAAAAAUGUAGAAGAUAUACAUACUACCUUGACAACUGAUGGGCCCAGUGCAAAUAUAAGAGAUACAUUAACGUUUUGGGCGUCCUUUCGUGGAUAUGCUGCUAUAAGAAAUAGAAAAUUGGGAUCUUGGUUCAUACAAACAUUUUGCAGAAUGCUGCAAGAUUAUGGAAAUAAACAAGAUUUUCUCAAAAUUUGUACCAGAAUAAAUGGAUCAAUACAAAAUAUGGAAUGGAAUAACGAAGAAGAUGAAAUCUUGAUCAUGACACCAGUACUGGAAUCUACAUUGGGAAAAGAUUUUUAUUUACCACCGCUAAAUGGAUAUAACAAAGUUCGUAUUUGAAUCACUCACAUUUGGAACCAUUGAUGAUAUUCGUAUUGAACACACUUUCACUAUCACUACUCACUCACUUUAUCUGCUGUGUUUCAAUACAUCAUUCAUCAUGCUAAGAUACCGAAGAUACAAAACAUGAUUUAUUUCCAUUUCCCAUUAAUUAUUCUUUCUCCUAUCUAAUUAUAGAUUAUUUUACAACCAUCUUGUUUCAAACUACCGUUAAUAUCCAACUCAUGUUUUCUGAUACAUGUACAGAUAAACUUUAUUACCCUAAUCUUCAAAAUAUUGGCUUGUUCAAAACCGUAACUAUAGAUGAUUGAAAAAGGUAUAAACGAUGCACCCUGUUUGACAUGAUUCCAGCCCUUGUAGUGAUCUGUAACAAAAAAUUUGAAAAAUCUGUAAUCUGUAAAGAUGUCGCUAUCGUAUUGACCUUAGCCAAAAAAAAUGGCACAAAAUGGCGUCGACAUGAAAUAUCAAUUUUCUUGCCUUUUUCGAAUUUUUUAAAACUCAAAAUUGACUUUUUUUAAAUCCAAAACAGACGCGAUAGAGAGAAAUCAAAAUCUAUUGUAUCUCCGGAAAUACUGUGGAUUUUUAAAAAUCUGCUUAACGACAUAUUUUUAAGGGUCUUGAAAAUAUGCAAAUUUUUAGACCAGAAUACCCCUUAAUUUAGUGGUAACAAACAAUCUUUAAAAGUUCUGAAUUCCCAAUCCUUGCAUUUUCUAUUUACUAUUAUGUAGGUGUACUUGUUUUUUGUUAUUCUUCAUAUUUACUUCUCUCUUCCGUUAUUAAAUUCUUGUAAUUUAAUUUUCAUUUACCUCCCAACAAAUGAUAAUUCACAUUGAAAUUCAUCUAAGAACAUUUUAGAUUCUGCGUACCAAAAAACGUUUUUUGUACUAUUUUAUAUUAUGUAUAAAACAAAUAAAUAAAACAAUUUUAUUGAGUUAUGAGCAAAUUUUAAUUUUUGUGCUAUAUAAUAAAAAAAUAUGUCAACAAAAUAAUAAUGAAUUCAAAUAAUUCAUUUCUAACCUUUGGUUCAGAGAUAAAAGAUUUUUUUAUAUUAAGAACUUUAUAGAUCUUUGAUCUUUCAACCAUUUUAAAUAUCCGAGAAUUUACACAAAAUAUCUUAGAUAUACUUUUCGAGAAAUAAAUGUAAAGAUAAUAUGCAAUAUUUAUGUCAUUGUAUUUUAACGUUUUUCUUCUAGUUGUCGCUACAAAGCUUUUAUAACAAAAUUUGUUUUGCAUAUUAACUUUUCUAAUAAAUACAUUUAGAAAUAUGCGGAGCCAAACUCAUUCAUCAGAGUACCAUUUGUAAUAUAUUUACAAUAAAAAUAAAACAUAUACAGGAUAUGGAACUGAAUUACAGUAGGGCUUCGGUAAUUCGGACUCCCGCUUGUUCGGUGAUCGCAGUAAUCCGGCCGCGCAAUGGGCUUCGCGGUGGAGGCGAGCGGGUGUAUGUGCGGGCUGCCAUGAGCCAAUGCGCCGCCACCUAAACAUUAAGACGAAAAACACUGAAGAAAUCGGAAGAUCCUGUUUUAGAAGAUGCUUUGUUUACGUUGGUUUUUGCAACAAAGGCGAUUGCAUGUUCCUGUAACUGUCAGAUGAAGCCACUAUUAGACAAUUCCAAUUAGAGUUACGGAAAGUUAUUAGAGAAAAAACCUAACAACGGAACAGGUUUCCAAUGCUGACGAAUCUGGUUUAUAUCGGCGAUUAUUGCCAGAUCAUAUUUCAGCCUCCGGCAAUGAGUAGUCGGCUGCCAGAAGGAAAAUGAUGAAAAUGAGGAUGACAUUAAUACCUUGUGCAAAUGCGGCUGAAACCCAUACACUUGAAUUGCUUGUUGUAGGGAAAUAACAGACUUGCGGGCGUUUAAAUCAAAACGUCUUUCUGUUUGUUAUCGUGCACAAAAAAAUGUUUGGGUUACGAAAGACUUGUUUCUUGAGUGGUUUAAAACGAAAUUCGUUCCCGCGGUUCGUCGCCAUCUUUUUUCCGUUAAUUUGCCACCUCGACCUUGAAGAAUGCGAACAGAUUUUAUGUGACAGAAUAAAAAACCAAAUAAUUAGUUAGAUUAGGUACAUAUAAUUACAGCGUUACAUAUAUUUAAAUCUUGAAACAAGAUGGAUAUUGACAAACAAUAUUAGAGACAAGAUUAAAAAAAUUUUAAGUUGAACGAUUGAGUAAUGAAAGCCGUUCUUAUCAUCUCUUAUAUCGAUUCUAAAACUGAUUUUUAAAAUAAUUCAGCGAUCUAUCACUUUUGAAAUAUUAUUUGUACUCCAUUUGAGUAGAUAGAAAUAAAUAUGAAAUAAACACCCUACGUAAUAAAUAAAUUUCAAUGGAAGCACUUAUUUAAACUAUACUUUUUACCAUAUAUAAUCUUGUUGGGCCCUUUUAUAGUCUUCUUCAUCAAGUAAUAAUGCUUAUUCUGAGAUUCUGCAUCCAAUAAUGCAAAAGAAUAAUUUUUUUCAACAGCACGGUUGUCAUUCCAUUUUAAAAACACAAAUAUGAAUUAAAUAAAUUUAAAAAUGAUGCCUACAUAACCUCAAUACUAAAGUUUGUGUUUAAAGUGCAAUUUGGAACAUGCGUUUGAACUAUUUCGCACGCAUAUGCUCGAUUGGGUCCUAAAAUUGUGCAAAUGGGGAGCAAAAACAGGUUGGUAUCACUAGGUGCAGUAUUCGAUUCCCCCCUAACAUAUUCAAGGUACAAAAUAUCUUUUUUACUUUCAUUCGGACGUAGAUGGAAAUUUUUUCUUAAAAUCCCUUAUCCGAUUCAAAUAACCCUUUGACGAUUAGAAGUCAACAAUUCUAACUUAAUGUUGCUAUAAUCCUAUGUACAGUUCAUUUAUAAUUCAUAUCUUUCAAAAUACCUCAACAUUCUUAUUAAUGAAACCGUUACACUUUCUUCUAUAUAUACCAAUUAAAAUUAAUAUUUCUAAAAUACUUUUACUUCUUCCUAUAAUGGUCCCUUAAAUAUCUCACAAUUCUCAAAAAAACAAUGAAAAAUGGAACAAUUUAGUUAGAAAAACAUUCCCGAAUAUAAUAAACAGACAUGGAUACGAUUUAAUACUUGGGAGACAGCUGUUGUAACUAUCAAAUUUUCUCUUCCCUAAUCUAGAAAAUUUGCUCUGUAUAUACUGGCAAACUUAAUAGUAUACUUUGGCCUUUCAAAUAGAAAAAUUUGCAUAUGAAGCUACACUCAUUUGCCUCUUUACAUUAUAUUAAGGGGUACAUAGAAUAAACGCAAGCAAGACGCGCUAUAGACGUUCAUAAAUGUCAAAAAUGUUAAAAACAUAACCUCAAUCUUCUAAUAGUUGUAGUUUAUACUUGCAAAUACCCUGAAAAAUGACUUUUCCGAGUGAAAAGCUGAUAGAAUUUGUAGGUGCUUGUGAGUGUGCUACAUAAACAAUCUGCUAGGUACAAGUGAACUAAAAUUUGGUAGAAAACAGGGAAUCAUUUUCCAAUUUGAAAAUUUCAUGACAAGAGCUGGUGAUUAACUUCCUGACCUAAUCGACAAUCAGGUUUUCUUAUUGAAUAUUUUGUUACGUCUCUGAUCAUAUAAGCCCCGAUUUAUUCAUCUAUGUUUAAAUAAUUCUUAUGUUCUAUUUCGUUCAUGUUAAAAUAUGUCGUAAUAAGGUAACUGUAGAUAUUUUUAUUUAAACUGAGGGUCUCACCCACCAACGCCGUGUCAACUGUCGCUUUGUAUAUAUUUCUGUACACAUUUCAUACAGUAAAGUAAGUAAAUAAAACAUUAUGAAUAAUUGAAAAUCAUCCAUGAUCUUCUGAUCGCUGAUCUUCAAAAACAUAAUCUCAAAUUUCUAAUGUAGUUUGUAGUUGCAAAUACCAUGAAAAAUGACUUCUCUGAGUAGAAAGCUGAUGGAAUUUGUAGGUGCUUAUAAGUGUUUGUUAAGUCUCACACAUUCCAUACAGUAAGUAUAUAAUACAUUAUAAAUAAUCCAAAAUCGUUUAUCACUGUUCAAAUUUUAUUAUAUACAAUCACUUUUAAGGUUUAAAGAUAUCUUCAGUGAUUAUUAUCUUGAAACUAUCAAUUUCCCAAAAUAUAACAGAUACAGAUCUACUCGCUAGGAAUGGAAUCUUGAUCACAAUAUCUACAUUACGGCAACAAGAUAGAACUUCAUUCCUCCAAAAAUUAGAUCAGAUACAACCUUUAUUAAGCACUUUUCUCUUGAAGCUCCUCAAGAUAAAUCCUAGUAGUAAUAAGGGGAGUGAGAAUUGGUCUUACCAAAAUACUCAUGAUUGUUUUAAGAAAUCAAACAACCAACCAUAUUAUUCGAUUUGCAACUAUAACUUCAACACAUUAUAAAGAUAGCUUCAGAAAUUAUCUGGUAUCUACCUACUUUCUAAAAUAUAAUAUAUACAGAUCAACUCGCUAGGAGUGCAAUUAUGGAGAUAAUAUCUAAAUUAUGGAAAUUACAUUAGGACUUCAUUUCUUCAAAAUUACAACAGAUACAACCUUCAUUAAGCACUUCCCUCUUGAAGCUCCUCAAGAUAAAGCCUAGUAGUAAUAAGGGGAGUAAGAAUUGAUUUUACCAAAUAUAUUCAUAAUUUUCUGAAGUAAUCAAACAACCAACCAUUUCAUUCGAUUUGCAACUGUAACAUCAACAUAUUAAAGAAAUCCAACAAUACACAGAUAGAAGAUAGUAGGUGAACUUUAAAGCAAAUCUGCGAGAGUUUCUUCAAUUUCUAAAAGAUGCCCAGUUAUAGAACAAAAUCCCCUGCUCAAUUUAUUCAUAUAUCUAACUACAUUUCUAUCACAAACGCUGGUAUUGUGAUUAUGAUUUUUUUGUUUUCCUAGAAGUAUGUUUCUUGGAAGAUGUCUUCACAGGUUUGACUGAUUUUUUGUCACAGACCAUUGGAUCAGAACUAAAUAUUUGCCUGUCAAUAGAGUUAAGUUUUAAUUAACAAGAUCAGCAAAAUCAUACUAACACAUUUACAAAGUGAAAAUUUUUUACAUAAAUUAAAAAAUUAGCCUAUACAUUGAGUUUUAGCCUUUGUCUAGAAAUAUCAAAUAAAAAAAAAAAUAAAAUGAUUAAGAAUGCAUUUGUAUCAAUGUAUCAAAAAUGAUUUUUGGGAAAUGACAGUCUUGAAUACUCUCUGUCAACCCACUUAUAUGUUUCUCUUUACAACCAUUUCAAAAUCACUCUUAUUUACAGUGAAAAUCACUGUCUAUAUAAAAUAUUUUUCACGAGUACAUGUAUCACUCAUUAAUAAUAUUCAGUACAUUAUUAAUUGUAAAAUUAUUAAUAUUUCACCAAAAAUCCUUAAUGUUUAGUAACCUGGAUUAAAGAUUUCAGAUGAAUUAAAUGGAACCAUCUCAACAAUUUGUAUUGAACACACUAUUUACUACCAAUACACAAACAUAAUUAUACUCUCUGAGAUGCGUUUGACUUCAACUCUCUGAAGAGGAUAACUGUGUUACUAAAACGAUUGAGUGGUAUUAAACAAUGUGUUUAGUAUGUUUGAAAUUAAGGAUAAAUUCUCGGUAAUCAAAAGGUUUUAUAUAGUAAAUAUUCUACAUAUACCAGUACAUAGAUUUUUGAUUUGCUAUCAGGUAUUUGUUACGUCUUCAAUCCUUUUGGCAGUAUAUUUUACAGUUUGUGACAAGAAAAUAGCAAGAAAAUAUUUUACAUUUUUGUCACAUCCUGUAGAUAUAAAAUGUAGCGAUAAAUGACGAAUUAAAUAUGCGUCAUUGUUUUUUCUGAUUCAAAAUCUACUUAAUGUUUGAACUAAAGAUACCGGCAGAAUUUAAUUAGCCAUUUGUCAUACUACAACUAAGAUUUUUCAAAAAUAUUUUCAUACUCUAUUUUGAUAUGAAAGGAAAUGAAUUUAAAUCAAAAUCAUUCUACAUUGUUGAGAUAAUGCAUGUUGGCAAUAUAUUUUCUGUCACUUCGAAGUACAUUGGAACCAAAAUUGGUUUCGAAUAACAAAUAUUAACUAAAUUUAAAUUAGUAAAUAAAACUUGUUAUUGAUCUAUUGACCAGUAUCAAUUUUAUUUUGAUAUUUCAAUACACAAUUCUCAAUUUUUUAUGUUUUAAUAAUGACAUGGUCAAAGAACAAAUAAAUCAUGGCGACGACAGCUUACAGGCAUUUGGCAGAUUUGGAAAACCGAGAAAAUGCCAGAAGCAUGAAGAAAUGCCAUUAUAUUACCCAUUUUCAAGAAGGGAGACAAAACAUUGUGUGAAAAUUAUAAAGGAAUUAUAGAGCUAGACGUCACAUACAAAAUACUCGUAUCAAUUUUGAAAAGAAGAUUGGAAAUAUAUGUAGAAAAAUUGUUAGGUGAGUACCAAGGAGGGUUUGGAGAAGACAGAGGAACAUCCGACCAAAUGUUUAUGAUAAAACAACUGGCUGUUAUGACUAUGAGAUACCAAUACAAAUCAAUGCUUAGCUUAUGCUGAUGAUGUGACGUUGAUAGCAAGAAGUAGAAGAAAGCUUGAAGAAACCACAAUACAACUAAUAACAGCAGUAGAAGAGAUAGCCUCCUCACACAAUAAUGACAAAAUAAAGAACAAAUGUGGAAGCAAUUUCAAAGUACAUAAACAUGAUGAGAUGUUAAUAGAAUUUGAGGAAGUAGAAAAUUUCAUAUAUUGGUGUGUACUACUAGAUAAUAAAUGCCAAGAAGAAAAGGAAAUCGAACUAAUAAUUGCCAGGUAGUCUUAGAAGAAUAUUAACAUCGAACAUACCUAACACGCCUGUGAAACCUGGAUAAUGGUGAACGAAACUGAACAGAAACUGGAAAUCUGGGAGAGGAAAAUACUAGAAGGAGGAAAACAGACAUAGUUAGGAUGGGAGAUAAGAUCAUACCAUGAAAAUUGCACACUUUUCAAUGAGUCACCAAUCAGAGCGUUUAUAAAGACAAGGUUACAAAAUGGCUAGGUCACUUAAAAAGAAUGGAUUAAGACAGACUCUUGUAACGAGUUGCAUGGAAGAUACCAGAGGGUAAGAGGAAAAGAGGUAGAUUGAAAUCAUGGAAGGGAAGUAGUGGAGACCUUACAGAGAAAAUUAUCCAGAGCUGGAGAGAAAAAGCAAGGGACCGAAAGACGUAGAUAUGAAAUUAACAAAGCUAUGGACCUUCUUGUUAAUAAUAUGCUCAUCCACCAAAAAGUUUCACAAGAAAUAUUAUGGAAUUAGAAAAAACAUUUUUUUUUAUAACAAGCUUUGAGUAUAUGCCCAAAUCUAUUGCAAAAACGUUGUAUCGACUAGGAAUGAAAUUAUUCACUAGCUGUAAACUAUUGCUAUAAAUGAAUAUAAUUUUGUGGAAAAUAUUUUUGAAACUAAAUUUAAAUAUGAUCUGAUCACCCACAAAACAUUGAUUUUUACAUGAGUAACAACGAAGUAGAGGUGUAAAAGUAACGAAAAAAAUUGUAACCAUAUGUAUUCGUUACUAAAACAAAUUAGUACUCAUUACUAUAGUAUCGUUACUUUAUUAGUUACUUCUGAUACUUCAUAACGUGCUAUUCUAGAGCAACGAAUAGUACGACGUCGCGGUGUCGCAAUAUUCGUAAUUUGCAGAAAACUAAAUAAUACAUUACAUACCAAGCUGCCUAAGGUACAUUUUUCCACUGUUCUGUAUUUUGAAUCAGACUUGGAUUCAAGUUAGUCUAGUUUGGCAAUACUAUUUAAAAAAUUCCGAAUACAUACGGUUUGCUACAGCUCUACAACGCAGUUUUUAUUAUUGUAUUUUGAAGCAUAUUAAGUAUAAGUAGAAAAUUUAUUUUUCAUGUUUGUUCUCAUAAUCGUGUUUAAUAAUUUUCAAAUGGAAUUAUUCGCUCCCAGAAACAGUACUACGUAAAAUAUUUGUGUUGUAAUUUAUACAGUGUGUCCCUUAUAAAAUCAAGAAAGGUCAAAAGAAUCUAAUAGAAAAUUUACAAAAUUUUAACAUUUGUAGUAUAAAGUGUUGAUACUAGACAAAAUAUUAGAAGAAUAAAGAAAAUUAUAACCUUGUCAGGGGAAAUUACAUUCUAAUAGUUGGUAUUUAGCAUUAUUCUUCCGCGAAAGAUUUAUUGAUCUCAAAAUCAGACAAAUUUGUUUGGCGUUUGUCGUUUUUCAGGAUAUUUUUUGGCAUCUUAAAGUACCGAAGAUCCUUAAAAUUUGAUAAUUUCCGGUCGUAUUUCCUAUUGGUGUUAUUGGUAACCAAAAUCUACUUACAAUACUGGUACAAUACCUACUACUUAUUUUCUGAAGAAAUGUUGUUAAAUGAGAUGUGGUGUGGGACAAUCGUUAGACAGGAUUACUAAUAACAUCCAAGUGAAUAAUCUAUAUUAUUAUAUAAUAAAACUAAGUCGAUAAAAUGUGCGUGCCGAUAAAACUUAAAAAGGAGUCCCGACACGAUAAAGGGACUUAUGUGGUGUGAUAGCCCUUUAUCCCUCCUCGAACAAGAAAGUUCCCGUUUUAAUCUAGAGGGCAUGUUUUAAGGGACUUUCCGACCCUUCAACUUGGAAAUUAAGUCCAGUGGCGCCAUCUGUUAUCGAAUAUUUGAACUUCGUUCAAGACAACUAUGGGGACUAUACACUCCAAUAGUCAUAGUGUAUAGUCUCCAUAGUUGUGAGCCAUUGCAGCAUGUGUAGUAGUGGCGCGAAAUUUAAAAUUCCAAUUUCAAUAAAAUCUUAAAUUUCAUUUGUUACUAUAAUAAAGUUGUUAAAUUUUGUGUAUUUAUACGUCAUUAUUUAACGUAUAUUUUGGAGUUAAAGCGACAUAAUUUUAGUUAUCCAAAUUAGUUCUCAAAAUAUUUAAAAAUUUAGGUUUUUAAAUUUCGCGCCUUUACUACAUACGCUACCGCUACAGAAGCUAGAAAGUUCCCGUUUUAAUCUAAAGGGCGUGUUUCUAAAGAUAUAAGGAACUUUCCAACCCUACAACUUGGAAUUAAGUAUAGUGGCGCCAUCUGUUAUCGAAAUUUGAACUUCAUUCAGGACAACGAUUGUUUGGGUUGCAUUUCCAAAAGCGUUGCGAGCAAUUGUAGCAUGUGUAGUAGUGGCGCGAAAUUUAAAAUUCCAAUUUCAAUAAAGUCUUAAAUUUAAUUUGUUGCUAUAAUAAAGUUAUUAAAUUUUGUGUAUUUAUACGUCAUUAGCUAACUUAUAUUUUGGAGUUAAAGCGACAUAAUUUUAGUUAUCCAAAUUAGUUCUCAAAACAUUAAAAAAUCAUACUACUCAGAAAUCUCAACUCCCCAAAAUUAUGUAAUGGAACUAGAAUGAUCGUAAAACAGCUAUCGAAUAAUAUCAUUGAAGCUGAACUUAUUUCUGGAAAGACCAAAGGACAGACAGUAUUUAUACCUAGAAUACCUCUGAUCUCUUCGGAAUUGCCAUUUCAAUUUAAAAGACUGCAGUUUCCAAUAAAAUUAGCCUUUAGUUUUACAAUUAACAAAGCGCAAGGACAAACUUUAAAAUAUUGUGGCAUUAACCUCAAAGAAUCCUGCUUCUCUCACGGUCAGCUAUAUGUAGCUUGCUCAAGAGUAGGAAAUCCAAAAAAUUUAUGUAUAUAUACUCCGGACAAUAAAAUGAAAAAUGUUGUUUAUAAACAAGUAUUGUAAAUAAUGAGAAAACGUUUUCAAUAAACUUUUUUUUACUUUUUACGUCAUAGUUUAUUUUUUUAUUUCGGCUUUACCACGUCAUCUCAUAUCAACUCCCGGGCGAAGCCGGAUUUUUUAGGUAGUAAAUAAAUAAGAUUCAUUAGUUUGUAUUUCUACUUACACUACCACUUAUUUCAAACCUUAGUUACAAAUAUAAUUGAUAUUACUCCGUUAGAAUUCUUCUAUUAUAAUUAUUGUACCUCUAUCUUAAUGAUGGAUUACUUCUUCUAGUUGGAAAUAUUUUCUACGGUGUAAGUUUGGUCUAGUGAAACACAUAUUUGUCGUCAAUAAACUCAAUUCGACCUCUUUAGUCAUUCCAAGGAACUUAAGACUUUAGCAUUAUUAUUACCAUAAUUUUUUAAAGGCAGACAAAAGUAGGGCCGUAACCCUCACCAACAAUUUUUUUUUCAAAUAGGACUUGUGUCACCUCUUUAUAAAUGUUAUAAAAAAAGAAUCUACCCAUAUACUUUUUCUAAGGUCCACCAAACUACCUAUUGAUCAGGCUAUUUAAAGAAUAACAUUUCGGACUCUAAUAUUAUA